AAUGUACGGAUCAAUUAAAUACUGGAUUGAAGCGGAAAUACAAAGGCCCUUGUUCACUAUGAAUAAUAAGAUUAAGACAAAACUUAAUGUGGAUGUACCACUUGUUUGCAACGACCUAAUGUUGCCGCUGAAAUUAAGUGCCCAAAAAAGUGACUUUUUAUUUGAUAAUAAUGGUUCAAUUCGUAUGGAUGCCAAGAUUGAUAGACGCGCAUAUUAUCCAGGCGAGUUUGUGGUCUUUCACUGCAAUGUUAUCAACCAGUCGUCCACACGAGUCAUACCCCGAGUGACUCUCAGACAAACCCAGACUUAUUUAAUGAGAAAGAAAAAUAAAACCAAAAUAAGACAAAACACACAUUAUGAAAUCAAAUGCCAACGAAUGGAGGGAUUGCCUACAGAAGCCGGAUCUAGUUCCACUCAGACAUUUCAAGUACCCAUUCCGAUUGGUAUUGCCAUAUCAGUGAACAGUCCCAUACUAGAAGUUUCAUAUGACUUACACCUUACUGUUGACAUCCCAUCAGCCAUUGAUCUACACUUGGAUCUACCCAUUAUGAUCACCACUAAAAAUGUUGUUAAUCAAUAUAAGCCAUAUAACUCUGAAUAUAAAAUGACAUAGAAAUCAAAACUUUAUAAGAAUUCUUCAUAAGUGUAACUAUUAUUCAAAUCAGU